AUGGGCAGUCAGGCGGUUGAGUGUACAUUGGGAGGUGUCCAGUAUCAAUAUCCAGUUAUUGAUUGUUCUGUUGACUUGGUCCAAAUCCAGCCUCUCUCUUUCCAUAGUAUCCAUAUCCUCCGUAGUAUGAUGGGUAUCCGUAGUAGCUUCCGUAUCCGUAUCCUCCGUAUCCGUAUGAUGGAUAUCCGUAGUAUCCGUAGUAUUGAGCAUCAGUCUCAGUGA